AUGAAAGUGCCGGAUUUGUCGGCAUAUGAGAAUCUCAUCGGCGGAUUUACCGGUGGAAUCGCGAGCACUUUGGUAUGCCAUCCUUUUGAUCUACUCAAAAUUCGAUUCUCCGCAAACGAGGGUAAUCCGUUAAGACCUCAAUAUAAUGGCUACGCAGAUGCUGUUCGAAAAAUUGUCCGUGCUGAAGGAAUUCGAGGACUAUAUCAGGGAUUAACUCCGAGUUUAAUAGGAGCUUCGCUUUCUUGGGGUCUUUAUUUCCAGUGGUAUUAUGUUAUAAAGGAAACGAUUCAAAAGUAUACGCCUUCUGGAAAUGAGAAUGUCGACAACUUGAUUUGCGGAUUCCUAUCAGGAUCCGCUGUAAUGUGCAUUACAAAUCCCAUUUGGCUCACAAAGACUCGGCUUUGUCUGCAGUAUGAAAAUCGAAAGGCCAAACAGUUUGAUGGGAUGAUCGAUUGCAUGAAACAGACUGUUAAACAAGACGGAUUCAACGGAUUAUAUAGGGGAUUCGUUCCUGGUAUCAUUGGCACCACUCAUGGCGCCAUUCAAUUUGCCAUUUAUAAUUGGAUGAAAGAUAAACGGUGCGAAAUGCGAGGAAUACCAAAAGACUCAUUCCUUAACCAUACCGAUUAUUUGUUUUUCUCGGCAUCUUCAAAAAUUCUCGCCACGACGAUGACCUUCCCAUAUCAAGUGCUUCGGACUCGAAUGCAGGAUCACAAUGCGAUGAAUCGCGGAAUUUGGAAUACCACUAUGCGGACCAUUCAUAACGAGGGAAUCGCCGGACUUUGGAAAGGAUGCAUCAUCGCCAAUAUUCGACAACUUCCAGCCGCAAUUGUGACAUUCAUCACUUAUGAAAAUGUCAAACGAUUUGUUGGAAUGACGAAGCAAUCCUGA